AUGGCCCAGAGCGUCGUUUAUGCCGACCUGAGGUUCGUGAAGGCCCCUCGGGGGAACAGCACGUGCUCCAGGUCUCAGGAGGCAGCGCUCGCAGAGGAGGACGAUGCGGAGCUCACCUACGAGAACAUCCGGCUGGCCCAGACUGGGGAGGUGAAGCAGGGGCAAGGGGCGGAGCAGAGCAAAGAGCCCAGGUGGAGCACGUGGUACCUGCCCCUCGGCCUGCUGGGGGCCUGCCUCUUCCUCCUGGCCACCACCAUUGGCCUGGGGGUUCGCUACUGGCAGGUUUCCCAGCAUCUGCAGCAGGCGUCCCGAGCGCACGAGGCAGAGAGCAGCCGCCUCUCCCAGCAAGUCAGCACCAAGGGGGCCACCCUGGAGCAGACGGCGAGGGAGCUGGAGCAGGCCAGGCAGGAGCUGGAGCAGGCGAGGCAGGAGCUGGAGCAGAUGUGGCUGAAGGAGAACAGCACACAGGAGCAGCUGCGACUGCUGGAGGCCGCGUUAGAGGGAUCGAAGGAGGAGCUGGCGAGGGUACAGGAGGAGAAGACAGAAAUUAAAGAGAAGCUGAACCAGACGGAGAACGCCCUGUCCAGCAUCCGCCCCUGCGAGCAGACAGACUGCUGCCCGGCAGACUGGGUGUUGUACAGAGGAAAGUGCUUGUUCGUCUCAAAGGAGAAGAAGAGUUGGCAGAAAAGUAAAGAAGACUGUGACCGGAAAUCUGCUGGGCUUCUUAUUGCCAAAUCCUGGACCUGGUGGACAACGCCGAAUUUUCUGAAAAAUACUGAUGUGCAGUAUUGGAUUGGACUCAAGAAAGAUGUGAAUAAGGAACCGCAGUGGAUUGAUAAUUCACCCUUUGAAAAAGAUUGGUCCUAUCAGAAUUACUACUAUGAGAGGUGUGGAGCAAUAAAAAGUGGCAUCAUAAACAGUGACACAUGCUACUAUGAAAAGCCAUGGAUCUGUGAGAAGGCAGCCAGCCAACCCAGCCCAGCCAGACCGUGGUUUCCUUAG